AAUAAAAUAAAACUUAUCGAAGCAGGAAACCUAAAUCAGCGUUAUGAAUAUAAAGUUAUAUUUACUGGUUGUAUUGGCCAGCUUUAUUGCUGCUGCAUAUGCCGGGGCAAUUCCAAGAGCCGCAGAAAAUGAAGAAACGACAAAUAAAGAACCACAGAUUGAUGUACCAACGUUGAGAACUUCCUGUGCCACACAGUGCGAUAUAGAAGCGGAAAGACGCCAUGAAUGUGGUGGAUUCGAUGUGACUAAAGAUUCAUGUCUCGAGUCUGGAUGCUGUUAUGAUGAUAAAGCUGAAGACGAUGAUGUUAUCAAGUGUUAUCACAAAGACAUUUCUCUUUGCGACCAACCUGAAUGCAUCGUAUUGGUUGAAGAUAGAGUACCAUGCGAAGUUCCCGACGGUUUCAAAGAUUAUGCUCAUAUCAUCAUGAAAGAUUCCAUGUAUUGCUCAUCGAUGCCAGAUUGCUGUUGGGAUGACUCCUUUCCAGAAAACUCUAUGUAUUCAAGAUGUUUCAAGAAAAAAGAACGAAAAGAAUCCGUCGAAGUCAUGGUUGCAACUCAAACUAGAUGUCACGCGAUCUUGAAAGAAGACAGAAAAGAAUGCGGUCACGCUAGAAUGACAGAAAGAGAAUGCGUACAGAAAGGUUGUUGUUGGAAACCUGUUAAUGAUCACAGCACACCAUGGUGUUACCACAAUACAGAGGAAACUGAGGAAGCUGAAGUACCACAUAAAGGAGUUCCCCACGUUUACGGAAUCACAGAAAACAUUUCAAACAAAAAUCGAGAUGCACCAGCAAAAUGUGGUAUACUCGACUACCGCAAGCCAUGCGGUGGCAAAAACAUGACAAUGAAUGAAUGCAAAUUUAAGGGAUGUUGUUGGGCAGCAUCCAAUAUCGAUACCUACAAAUGCUUCAAAUCUGCACUACAAGUACCAGUCGCCAAUACGCAAACUCCAACUGCAGCAACACCGCCAAAUCCAAUUGUCGUCAAUCCAGCACCUACCGACGUUUACGGAAAAGUACUCGGAGGAGCUAAUACCACACCGCAAGUUGAUAAUACCGCCAACACAUACAAUAACAUUAAUCAGAUCCAAGAAAACCGAAAUCCAAUCUCUACAAACACUCCAGUCCAACAGACAGUUAACCCAAUGUCAGCUAUGGCACAAAUGCUCAUUUUCUGCGGCAAAAAGAAGGGAAAUCUUUGCAACAUGGCAAUUCUUUCAAUGAUGGGAGGCAACCAGAUUGUUCCAGCCACCAAAGUUCCCACUAUGUCCAGCUACCUGAAUUAUCUCAUGAGACGCGGAACCUACCAGAGUUCUUCGAACAACGAAGGUGCCAGAACCACCUUGACAAACGAUGGGCGUAUCUACAUGACACCAACAUUGACAGGCGACGACAUUCACGAUGAAAUGUGCUUCAACACCACUGAAUUGAAACAAUACGCCAAAUUCCAUUCACCAUGCGGAGGACUUCAUACGCCAAAAACAAUUCAAGAUAAAAGCGAAUGCAUUGCUGAAGGAUGCUGUUGGGUUGAUGAUUACCAUUCAUUGUUGAGAGAGAUGUUCAAGGUUGGAGAUGGUCUUUCAGCGUCUGCUUUUUAUUCUGCUUUUGGGAACCCAGUUCUUGGUCCUGACGGUACAGGAUCAACCAACUGUCUCGAAGCUUUGAAAUAUUCGCAGAUCAAACAAAUUGGACGUAUGGCAAUGAUCCAAGCACCAAAAGGUGGAAUCCCAACUCAAUUGCUACCUAUGUUGAUGGAGAGCGAUAACGAUGAUUCUUCUGCGGUAGAUUCCCUCAUGAUGGCAGCAAUGAUGGGAGGCGGCGGAAUGAGUUUUCCUCUAGCUAUGGCAUUGACAGAAAAAGAAGAAGAUUCAAAAGUUAUCCUUCCUCUUAUUAUGGGAAUGAUGCAAGGAAUUUCCCAACCACCAACUCAAGGACAAACAGGAACAGGACAAGCAGCAGGAAAUGAUAUAAUGAGCAUUCUUCCCCUUUACUUGGCCAUGGGCAACAACAAAGACAUGAGCAAAAUUGCACCCUUAUUGUUGACACAAAUGAACGGGGGAGCAGGUCAGAUUGACCCGACCAUACUUUAUUUCCUCUUGAACGACGAAGAUGAACACACAGGAGAAUCAUCAUCACUCCCACUUUCUCUCAUUCUCUCUAUGACACAAAUGGGCCAGGGACAACAAGGAAGCACACCAGGAAUCAACCCCAUGUUGAUGUCAACCAUGAUGUCAAUGAUGGGUGAAGGAGGGGACAACAACGCAGCCUUGAUUCCAAUUCUCAUGAAUGCGGCACAAGCUUCUAUGGCGUCACAGUCCGCACUUUAUUCGUCAUCAGGAGAAACACUACCAACCGGCCAAGACAACCAAUAUUAUCGCCCAGGAGAUAACACCAAUCAACAAGGACAAAAUACACAAACACCGUCCUAUUAUCGUCCAGGAGAUAAUACCAAUCAACAAGGACAAAAUACACAGGCACCAGUCUCUCCAAUGAAUCUACUUAUGUUAACAAGUCUUAUGAACGGAAAAGGCAGCAGCUCACUGAAGGAUAUCCUCCCAUUCUUCCUGAUGCAAAAACCACAACAACAACAAGGAACCGAUGGAAAUACAGCAGCAUCAAGUCUGAGCGCUCUCCUUCCUUAUUUAUCCCUAUCAGAAGGUUCAGAUUCAAAUAACAUGAUGUUAAUGCAAGUUCUUUCAAACCCAGAAUUGAUGAAAAAUCCAAACCAAAUGAUGCCACUUAUUUUGUCACAAAUGGGAUCUGAAGACGGUGAAGACGGCAACAAAAUGUCGGGAAUAAUGAUGGCAAUGGCAAUGUCUCAAGCAACAUCUCAAGGACAAAGUCCAGGACAGCAACAGGGAGCAAAUAUGAUGUCUUUGAUGAUGCCACUUCUUCUGGCUAACAAAAACAGCAACGACUCAAAAUCUGAUAUCGCACCACUUGUAAUGCAAAUGGCAAUGUCAGGCGGCGAUCCAAACGCAAUGCAGUCAUUAGCUCCUUUGUUAUUAGCUCAAAGUACCAGCGGAGAUGUCGAUCAAGCAACUCUUCAAAUGUUAAUGAACCCGUCUAUCAUGUCAGGAAACAACCCAGCCUUGUCUUUGAUGCUUCUGAACAACAAAGAUUCAGACAAACCAAUGGACCCCAUGUUGAUGAACAUGUUAAUGAGCCCACAAGCCGGAAGCAAUGGAGGAUCUUCUCUCGCUACUGCAUUAUUGCUUUCUCAACAAGGAUCACAAUCGGAAGAUGGCGCUAUUGAUCCCAUGUUAAUCCAAAUGAUGAUGAACCCAGGUUUAGGCAACCCUGGACAAUCAUACACACCGGGGCAAACUGGCAACACGGGAUAUACUCCAUCCGCAACUCAACCUAACCCUCUCCUGAAUGUGCUGCUUCCUUCUCUUCUUAACAAUAAUAACGAGGAUAGCAACGACGGAAACAAUGGUUUAUUGACACAAUUGCUUCUCGCACAAGCAGGAAAUGGAGCAGCAGCAUCGCCUUUCGGUAUGAAUCCACUCUUACAGUCACCAUCAUUGAUGAAUAUUCCAACACAACCUAACACAUACCCGCCUAACAACCCAUUCGCCUUCCCCGCAUCGAACCCCGGUCUCAAUCCAUUUGGAUUUACCGGAUAUUUGACCCAAGGCCAUGACGGCGAACACUCAACCCAACCUGAAGUUUCUGAAGAAUGCAGUUUCCCUCCUGGCGCAGAAAAACAAGUUUGUGACGUCAUAGCAGGAACAGAAGAUGAAUGCAGAGCAGCAAAUUGUUGUUGGGAUUCAGACGCCGAAGCUGAUAUUAAAUGCUACAAGGCAACAUAAUACGUCAUCAAUGAUGUCAACAAUGUUACGUAAUUAAAGUUCAUGACACCAAUUUGUUGCCAAAUGCGAAUAGCUUGAUCGACCCUCACACUAUUUAAUAUAUAGAAAUUAAUACAUUUCAAGGCAAAAUCUUUUACUGUAUAUAUAAUACCUAUGAAAUGUAUCUAUUUCAACGAUUUAUUAACAAAAUCACUUAAAUAUAAAGGGCAUAAGGAAGAAAGUUUCGCAUAAUUAUAUCUUCUCUUAAUGUUUUUAUAUUUUUGCAUUCCUUUACUUUUAUUAUUAUUUUUGUGCCUCGCACUUUUACUCUGUACAAUACAAUUUUAUCACCCAUAAUAUAA